GCUGUGCACUGGAGAAGAAAGUAGUCAAAAGCAAACUGGGGGAAAAAGUGGGCCUGCCGUGUUGUUAUGAAAUUCCCAGCUCGGAAAGCCUGCACAACUACCGGGUCUACUGGCAGAAGAACACCACGGAGGUAGUGCUUGCCUACUCGGAGGGGAAGAUGAUCUUCAAGGACAAGCGAUAUGAGAACCGGACGGAGAUGAACACCAGGAACCUCACCCUGUGGAUCUCCCCCGUGGAAAUCCUGGACAAUGGCCCCUACCAGUGCAUAGUUCAGCACCGCAAGGUUUUGCAGAACGUAGUUGUGUGUGAUGAGUCUGUCACCCUCUUCGUUACAGCUGACUUCAGUGAGCCGAACAUAACAGCAGAAAUCACCGCUCGUUCUUGCGAAUCAACUGAGAUGGUGGUAAACUGCUCUUCUCAUGGAGGCUUCCCCAAACCCAAAAUCUCUGGAUUCUUCAACAACGGGACCGUGCAGUGGAAUGCCAUCUGGGUGCUCGAUGCACGCAGCACAUACAGCGUCACUGGCAAACUGUGGCUCAACGUGACCAAAGACAGCAGCAUCACCUGCUCUGUUGAAUAUGAUGGCUUGGCCAAGUCCACCAGUUUGCUCCUGAAAAAAACAGAUGAAUGUGUUGUCCCUACUGUGCCUCAGUCUUAUAAUGUCGUUACUGCUUCAAUUAUCAUCAUGAUCAUCUUCCUUUUGGCUAUCACCCUAGCAGCAAGAUACCUCCCAAGGCAUGUCUGUUCUCACUGUCUUAAGCCUCAGGAUUCAGAUGAAGAGGGUGUGAAAGAGUGCAUGAAGCCACCCGUGAGCUCUAAAGUGACAUCUGAAACAUCAUCUGUAUGA